AUGGAGCGGGCUCCAAACCUGCUUCUCCUCUGCAUCUUCACCUUUGCCAUGGUCCUGGUCCCCGAAGCAAAGGACCAAAGCAAGGCAGCAAAGGGCAGGAGAAAGGGCCUGGCUCAGCCCUCCAUGGCAGCACCUACCCUUGCUUGGGCCCUGGACGACCCCUAUACCACCAUGGCAGACUACGAGCGCAGCAUCCAGGACAUGGUGCGCCAGCUGAGGAACAGCUCCGAGCCAGGCGACACCAAGUGCCAGGUCAACCUGAGGCUCUGGAGGUCCAACCGGAGAAGCCUGUCCCCCUGGGCCUACAGCAUAAACCACGACGCAACACGGAUCCCGGCAGACAUCCCCGAGGCCCAGUGCCUCUGCACUGGCUGCAUCAGCCCCUUCACAAUGCAGGAGGACCGCACCAUGGCCAGCAUUCCCAUCUACAGUCGGCUGCCCGUCCGCCGGCUGCUCUGCCAGGUGCCAGGCGAGGUGGGGCACAAGCCCUCCGGGAAGAAGAAGUGUAACAAGAAGUACCAGACGGUCAUGGAGACCAUCGCUGUGGGCUGCACCUGCAUCUUCUGA